UUGAAGACAAAAUGGCGGACGUACCACCACCACCUCCCACGGAGGGAACAGAAACAAAUCAGCCAGCCCAAACGCAGGCUGAUAGAUCCUGGGAAAGAGCAUGGAGUCUUGAUGAAAUGAGAAAAGGGGCCAGUAACUGGUCCCUUGCAGGAGAUGCUGGGCUGCUGUUGUACCUGCAGGAGUUCUCCCAGAAGUUGAUCUCAAGGACACACGAGAUAGAGAAAGAAGUGGAAAGCCUUGUACACGAUUCCAAGAUGGCAGGGGUGCGGGUGAAUAAUGUAUUCAAUGACUUUAUGAUGUUAGCAAACACACAGUUUGUAGAAAAUCGUGUAUAUGAUGAGGAUGUCAGUCAGGAAGAAACACCGCAGGAAGAGAAGAAACAGGAGAAUCAGGAAAAAACAAGAGAGCAGAGGGAAGCUGAACUGAUCCCAAAGGUUACUGAAGCCAUUAAACUUGGUGUGGAUGUGAUUGAGAAAGCAUUUGAGAAACUAGACACAAAUAUUGACAACUCAGACUCUGAGGACGAGGAUGAAUCUUACAGAGUUGAUCCUAUACUGGAAGCCAAGGAUCCAUACAUUGACAGAACAUUACCUCAUCUGAUAGGAACACCAAACUUUAUGCAAGAUGACACUGUGGGUCUAAAAGAUGUCUCAGAUGAGGAGUCUGAUGCUGGAAGUAUCAGUGAGAGUGAAUCAGAGGAUGAAGAUGAAGAUGGAGGAAAGAAAGAAGAAUCUGAGUACUCGUACAGCGAGACAGAAUCAGAAUCGGAUACAGAGAAACCACGUAAGAAAGAAAAGAAAGAUCUCUUUCCACAGGAUUCUGAAGAGUCAGAUAGUGAUGGUGAUUUGUUUGGUACCAGCGAGAAAAAGAAACCUAAAGACGAAAGUGAAACAGAUUCUGGUGAAAGUGAAGAAGAAGAUGAGGAGGAGGAGGAAAAACCAAAGCCCCCAGGUGCUCCGUUAGAUUUUGCUUCAGAGUUAGCAAGGAAGUUGGGAGGACCUGCACCAAAAGCCCCGUCUCCAGAGCCUGCAGAACAAGGCGAUGAUUCCGAGGAGGAAAAACCAAAGAAAAAAGAGAAAAAGAAAGGAAAGAAAGAAAAGAAAAAGAAAGAAAAACCUAAAGAUGAUGAUGAUUUGUUUCCUGCUCAAGACAAUGAUGAAGAUGAUGAUCUUUUUGGAGGUGGAACUUUUGGUGGGAAAAAGUCAGGUGACCUGUUUGGUGAUAGUGACGAGGGUGACUUGUUUGGUGAAAGUUCAAAACAAACGAAGAAAGAGAAAGAUGAAUCGGAAGAUGAAGAUGAGCAUGAAGAAGAAAAACCAGUUGAAAAGAAACCUCGUGCCAGAACGUCUAGCGGAAAGAAAAUACCAGCUGGUGGUAUUUCUGUGUUUGGUGCUCCAGAUAAAACAAAGAGUGGAGGAGGAGGUCUGUUUGAUGAUGAAGAUGAGGAUGAUGACAUAUUUGGUGGUGCAAAACCUAAACCUAAAGAAGUUAAGGAAGAAAAGAGGUCUGAAAAAACAGCAGAAAAAUCUGGAGGUGGUUUAUUUGAGGAUGAAGAUGAUGAUGAACUGUUUAAUGAAACAACUGAAAAACCCAAGAAGGAGGAACCAUCUGCAAAGAGGCAUCCUAUUGGAGGAGUGCCAAUGUUUGGUCCUCCAGGAGUAGGUAACCCACUAGCAAAGGCAUUGAAGAGUAAAGCUCAAAGACAGGAAUCUGACGAGGAGGAUGAAGAUGAUUGGUCAGAUGGAAAGAAGUCCCGCAGUGAAAGUUUAAAAUCAAACCAAUCAGGAGCCUCAAGACUGUCAGCCAAGAUUGGCUCUGCCCAAUCAAAAGACAGCUUAUUUGCAUCUGAACCAGAUGAUUCUUUAGCAGCAUCUAAGCCUAAAUCAAACAGUUUUUCACGGAAAGCAAAGGCAACCACUGGCUUGUUUGAUGAUGAAGAUGAGGAUGACUUAUUUGGAACAAGUUCCAAACCGACUCAACCUGCAAAAGCAGCACCAUCAAAUAAGACAGAGAAGGCAAAACCAAAGUCCUCAGCUCUGUUUAUGGAUGAUGAUGAAGAGGAUGAUCUGUUUGGUGGUGCUCCACCUAAACCUAAAGAUCAGGAACCAAAAAAGCCACCAGGUGCAGUGUCUAUAUUUCCCACUGGUGUUGACCCAUUCAGUAAGAAGAAAGAGACAGAGGUAAAGAAAGAAGAAUCACCAAAGAAAGAAGAACCUGUGGGGCGACCUCCGGCUAAAUCAAUAUCCAUGUUUGAUGAUGAGGAAGAAGAUGAUUUGUUUGGUGCAGGAUCUACUCAUAAACCUCCACCUCAAAAACAGACAGCACCUCCAACAAAGAAGAGUAUAUUUGAUGAUGACGGAGAUAUGUUUGAGGGGGAAGAAUCAGCAGAUAUUUUCUCCAAACCGCCACCUAAAACAACUCCACAACAGGUUACUAAAUCACAGCCAGCUAAGGUCAGUAAAGGUCCAUCAUUGUUUGGUGGUGAUGGAGAUGAAGAGGAUGAAGAUGAUCUCUUUGGAACUGGUCCACCAAAGGUGUCAAAACCAGCUGGCGGUAUUGGUAUAUCUGGUGCAACUACCACAGAGUCUUCUGAUACUCCUGAGAAUGCCGAGGAGAAGGCUCCAGAAGAGAAAACAAAGAAACCGCCAGUGGGUGGAGUAUCUAUGUUUGGACCAGGUUCUACAAUAGGGCUUGGGAAAAAACCAGCAGUACCAAAGACUGAAACUGUAAAAGAAGUGGUUGUUAAAAAACCUGAACCAAGAAAGGCUAUAGCUGACCCAUUGUUUGGUGGUGGUGAUGAUGGAGGAGAUAUGUUUGGUGGACCAGUCAAAAAACAGGAAGUGAAGAAAACAGUACCAGUCAAACCAGAGGCAAAGAAAGAACCGGCCACUAAAAUAACUCCAAAGUCUGCAGGACCUCUUGCUGAUGAAGAAGAUGACGAUUUGUUUGGUGGACCAGUGAAGAAUCCAGAAACAAUUACAGAAAAGCCUAAAACAACGGGACCUCUUGAUAUGGAUGAUGAUGAUGAUGAUUUGUUUGGAGGUGGAAAACCACAAGCUAGCAAACCACCUGAGUCACCAACUGAAGUGAAACCAAAGAAGCCAGUGGGUGGAGUUUCCAUGUUUGGUGGGAUGGACCCUUUUAGUGCCUUAAAGAAACCAGCUGGUGCAGAAACAAAAACUCAAGAUUUAUCCAGUCCAGAUGAUGAAGAUUUAUUCUCUAGUGCUGAUGAGAAUCGUAAAGCUGUAAAACCAGUCAUUGAGCCGGUAUCUCCGCCUGCCAGUACUUCACCUGCUAAGGGUAAAAUUGGAAAACUCCAGGCUUCACUGAACUUUAACCCAGCAGCUAUGUUGCCAGGGGCAGCACCACCAGCGAAGGAACCGGAACCGAUCACCAUAGGGUUUGAUGCCCCAGCUGAAGUCAGAACUUUACAGAGCGCAAAUAAGGAUCGAGCGAAAAUACAAAGUAAGAGACGUCCGCCUUCAAGACAUGCCAGAAAAUCAGCAGCUUUGUCCAGUUCCAGUCCCACAGAUGAUUUCUUCAAUGCUCAGUCUAGUCCAAUAACCAGUCCAUCAUCAUCAGGAUCAGGAUCAGGAACCAGUCCAGUGAAAUCAAAGCCGGAUACCAGUCCAGUGCUUCCAGAUCUUGAUUUUGAUCCCUCUAGAAUUCCUCCUCCAAUAUCAGAUUCCCCGGAAAGAAGUCCGUCACCUGAUUUCAGCCUCGGAACGGAAAAGCCUGAUCUAUUUGGUAAUGAAGAUUUAUUUGGGGGUGCUAAAUCUGUAAUAGGACAGCGGAAGAAUACAAACCCUGAUAAAAAUAGUCCCGAUGACUUAUUCGCUGAUAAAAAUUUAGAUUUUCCGAAAACAAAAACUGAAAAUUUAGAUGACUUAUUUACUAGUGCUAAUAAAGAUACCAAAAGUGUUCCGAAAUCAGACACUGCUGAUGACGAUGAUUUGUUUGCGUCUGUGCCAAAAUCUUCAGAAAGUAAAGAUAAAUCAAAAGGCUCAAGUCUAACGGAUGAUGAUAUAUUUAAUUCUGUGCCAAAGAAAACGGAGAAAGUGAUUAAGGACAAAACUGAAGAAGCUAAGAAACCUGUGAUAGCAGUUGAUGAUGACGAUGACAUUUUUGCGGUUAAAAAAUCGAAACCAAAGCCCAAACCAUCACCCAUUAUUGAUGAUGAUGAUGAUUUAUUUUCAUCAUCAUCUUUGAACAAACCGAAAGAUAAAAAGAAUGAAAAACCACCUGCUGAAAAGAAAACAGAAAACAAGCCACCUGUCGAUGAUGAUGAUGACAUUUUUGGAACACCAAGUAAAGUGGAGAAAAAGAAACCUAAGAAGGCUGUAACCAAAGAUGAAGAUAUUUUCACUGACCAGACAGAUAUUUUUAGCGACAUUCCACAAGCCAAACCAAAAGAAAAGAAGACUAAGAAGAAAACAUCAGCUACCCCAAAGAAACAAAUAUUUAAGGAUGACAUAGAUGAUAUCUUUGCGGACACAAGUGCAGCAAGUACGAGCAAACCUAAGGAGAAGAAGAAAAAAGCGGGAACCAAGGAGAAGACAGAAAAGACAAAGACAACCGAUGUCCUGGACGACCCACUCUCCUAAAUUCUGUUUCUAUAGUGACUUUAUUAGGAAACUUUUCACAACUCUUUACACACAGAUUAGGCUGUGAACAUAAAUAUAUUGCCUUUCUUUCUUUUUUGUUUUUGUAAAUUAUUUCAUAGAUUAAUAGACCGUUUUCCUAGAUGUAAAUUUCAUGUUAACCCGCCUAUUAAUAUCUCUGACCAAGUUGUUGAAAGAAAUAUGUUGCUCUGUACAUUUGCAUAGUAUUACAUGAAAACAUGAAAAAAAAAUUUUUGGGUCACUUAAUUUGCAGUUUAAUUACCUGCUUAUUUGUGUUGUGAAAAUGUUUUGAUUUUAUGAUGUAGCUGGUUAUAUUAUUUGAUAAAUGCUGGUUAUUCCUUUCUUUUACAUAUGAUUUUUUAUUUCAAAUUUGGAAAUUUGAUAGAAAAUGGAAAGUUUUUUCCUCUGUCUGCAAAAAGAUUUGCUUUGAUAUGUGACUUUCUAUAUGGGUCCAGACACUUUGUUGUUACUGUGAUAACUGAAGGAGGGCUUGUUGUUAUGUAAUUGUAUUCAUAUCAUCUUUGUUAAAUAUUUUGUGCUCAGCUAGGCCUUAUUCAGACUGCAGUGUAGAAAUUUGAGUCCAGUCUCAACAUUUCAUCACUGAUUGGAUGAAUUUGAAACCAAGUCAUGAAAUUGACCAAUAGCAAAGUAGCAUAAUGUGAUUGGUUUUCAAGCAUAGUUUUAGAAAGUCAAAAUUAUUGUUUGGAAACCAGUCUUACCAUGUGGCCUUAGCAGCGUUUUCUCUAUUGUAUCACGUGUCUUAUCUUAAAGCUAUUUGGUUUUUUUUUUCAAUAGACAAAUAUAAACAACAUACUGGGAAAAUUGCUUACAGAUUAUGUAAGACAAAUAAUCAAGUCAGAAAGCAAUUUUAUCAAACCUCUUCUUUAGACCUGGGACAGAAAGUGAAGACACCAUGUUUUUUAUUGUAGACUUUUGUCUCCAAUAUAUAUUUUUUAUGCUAUGCCUGACACACUGAUUCAUGCUGACAUGGUAAUACAUUAUGUGGAGUCUCUUAUUCACUGCACAAACUAGGAUAUGUGCAAUAAUGUUGUGGAUUAUGUAUGUUUUGUUGAUGGAUAAAUUAUAGUGCUGUACAUGGUUAUAUGUAUGGAGUAAAUGAAUAUAUAGUAUACAUAAAUAUGAUUAAAAAUAAAUAUUU